CUCGGUGGGGUGGAAUGGGGCGCUUGCGUGGGGUGGGAUAUGGCGGAGCUGAACAGGUCCUGGGUGUCUGGACAGGUCCUGGGUGAGCGAGACAGGACGUAGGUGGGCGAGCUGGAGCGGGACAGGGCUCAGGUGGAUGAUGAGGGGCGCUGGUGAGUAGAGGGGGUCGUGGGUAGGCAAGACAGGAUGGGGUAGAGUAGAAGGUAGGAGGGGUUGAUAGCGUGACUGCUUCUGGAGCAGGGCACCCAGCUGUCACUGCUGCGGCCGCUGCUUCUGGAAUAACUGGAGAAUGCUAGCUCCUCCCGUGGGCUCAAGGUGAGCUGCUCCGCGAGAGGCGGGGCUGCAAGGCGCCGGUUGCUGCGAGAGGUUCUGCGUGCUCUGCCCACAGACGGGUGGCAGCAUAGCCCAGGGACUGGUCUCUUAGUGGUGUCUUCCACAAGCCAGGGGUCCAGGGCUAUGGUGGACGUGCUGAGUGGGCGGCGCCUGGUGACCCGCGAGGGCGCGGUGGUGGAGGCGGAGGCCGCGCUACAGAACAAGGUGGUAGCCCUGUACUUUGCAGCGGGCCGAUGCGCCCCCAGCCGCGACUUCACGCCGCUGCUCUGCGACUUCUACACGGCGCUGGUGAGCGAGGCACGGCGGCCUGCACCCUUCGAGGUGGUGUUCGUGUCGGCGGACGGCAGCGCCGAGGAGAUGCUGGACUUCAUGCGCGAGCUGCACGGCGCCUGGCUGGCACUGCCCUUCCACGACCCCUACAGGCAUGAACUGAAGAAGAGGUACGACAUCACAGUCAUCCCCAAGCUGGUGGUCAUCAAACCGAAUGGAGCCGUCAUCACCAACAAAGGGCGGAAACAGAUCCGGGAGCGCGGGUUAGCUUGCUUUCAGAACUGGGUGGAAGCAGCUGAUGUUUUCCAGAACUUCUUGGGGUGAAUCUGGAGGGACCAGGGCAGGCGAUUGCUGCAAGCGCAGACCAAACACCUUCGAAGAGGGAGUUGCUUGUUCUUUUCUCUGUUGGGGAAUUUCAUAGUAGUGGCACCAAAGUAGGACAAAAAGCAGAUGCUGCCCAGGAAAGAAAUACACCCUCCCUCUGCGGGUCCUAGAGCUCCUCUGGUGUGGACUUUUAUUUUUAUAGCUUUCUCCACCUGUGCCUAGGCCCCAGGACACAUCGACAGUGUGCUAUCAAAAAAAUCUAUGCAAGAUGCUCAUUCCUACAGGCGUCUUUGGUAAAUUGAUCUAUGAGGGGAUGGCAUUUUCUGAUGACAUAUCACAUUUUAGUGAUGCCUUGGUAAGCAUAUUUAUUAAUCACAUUUGUAGAAUGUGUAGUUUAAUAAACCAGUACCCACACCUUGA